AUGGCUUUAGGCGUGAUAAACAAGUAUUACACAUGUAUAGGCGGCAUCAUAUUCCUUUUCACAUUUUUAACAACCGGAGUAGGGACAAUCUUCAUCGGAAAAUCAAAUUGUUUCCUCAUCCUAGAAACGCCACUAGUUGCCAUUGCCCUAACAGUGAUGGUGCUUUCUUUGGCUAUUACAAUCUGUAACUGUAUUAAUUCAAGAGAACCUCGCUAUCUCCUUUGGGGUGCUUGUAUAUGGUGUCUACUCAUUCCUUUAGUAAUCACCUAUAGUAUCAUGUCAAUUUAUCAGGCCGCAAUCACCAUCAAAGGGAAGGGAAUCGAGUUACCCGAUAGAGCUUACGACGAGUAUCAUUUAAAUGCUUACUCCAAGAAUUUGCGAAAACUUGUCACGAAUUCUCACAAUUGGGGCAAGUUUCAUAAGUGUUUGAUUCGAAUCAACGCCUGCAAGAGGCUCACACAUGACAAGGCUAAUGACACUUUCAUGGAGUUUGCUACAAAGGAAUUGUCUCCUAUUGAGUCGGGAUGUUGUAAACCGUCUUACUUUUGUAAUUUUACUUACGUGACCCCAACCAAUUGGAGCGUGACAAAUUGGAGCGUGACAUUUAAUGAGUCACAUGAAAACUCAGAUUGUCAAUUGUGGAGCAAUGAUCCCGAGACUCUUUGUUACAAAUGUGAGUCAUGUAAAGCUGGAACGCUUCAAGUUUUUAAGGUCAAGUGGACUAACAUCUACAAAAUUAGUUUGUGA